AUGAUAUUUGAAGCUGAUGUGAUCAUUGGACCAGAUGAGCUGGAAAAUAAUUUCGAUUCUCAGGCCUAUCUUUUGGAUUUUUAUCAACAUGUUGAUGAUCCGGCUAUGCAAAUGAUGAUUAUGUUAUUACCAACUAUUGCUGAACGUAUUGAUUGUUGCGAUAAUCUUUUGGAUUUUGGUGCUGGACCAACCAUACACGUUUCGGUUGUUUUCAGGAAUAAAGUAAACAAUAUAUACUUAGCUGAUUAUUUGCCGCAAAAUAUUGAUGAAUUAAUUCGAUGGACAACUGGUCGAGGUUCAUUUGAUUGGACACCGGCGCUUAAAAUGAUUGCGACAGUAGAAGGUUCCGGUUGGUUGCAACUGAAAGAAAUGGAAGAAUACACUAGGUCAAAGAUUCGAUCAGUUUUUCAUUGUAAUUGUCAUAAUAAACCAUCGAUAAGUGCCCCGGAAAUUUCUCAAAAUAAUUUCGAUAUAGUUGUAAGCAUCCUUUGCUUGGAAUACUGCUGCAAUAGUAUAACAGAAUAUAAAGAAGCAGUACAAAAUGUUGUAGAUCAAGUAAAACCUGGGGGUUGGUUUGUAAUGGGUGGUGUGCUAGAAGAAACGUGGUGCUCAUUUAGUGGACGUAAAUUUGCAUGUUUAUAUCUUACCGAAAAUUCAUUAUUUGAAGCAUUACGUGAAGCAAAUCUUUUAGUCGAUGAUGAGCAAUCGAGAAUUUAUUACUGUGCUCAAGGCAUUUUUCUCAUUUGUUGUAAAAAGCAAAUUUGA